AUGUCGAAACACAGUUUUGACCCCACUUCGCCGGCUUUGGGAUGCAAGAAACAAAGACUUGAUAAGAAUAAUAGUAGUGUGGAAGAGGAAAGCGUUCCGGCGCCUUCCAAUGAUGUCUCUCAUCCAUUAGUCCGGCGUGAGAUGUGCCUUUAUUGCUUCGACGUACUUCAUAGGCAGCUUUUCAAUCAGGAGCCUCCACCUCAACCCAGGACUUUUCCGAAUCAUGCAUAUCCUUUAUUUGUUACGUGGAGCUAUGGCAAAGAUCAGCGUCUACGCGGUUGUAUUGGAACUUUUAAGGCGAUGAAUUUAUAUACUGGCCUCCGUGAAUAUGCGUUGAAUAGUGCAUUACGUGAUUCGCGUUUCUCUCCCAUUACGCAAAAAGAAUUUCCCCACCUCUAUUGCUCCGUCUCCUUGCUUACAGAUUUUGAGGACGCAGCCGACUAUAAAGAUUGGCAGAUCGGCGUUCAUGGGAUUCGUAUAGAGUUCCUUAAUGAGCGUGGGUCUCAGCGUUCCGCGACGUACCUUCCGGAAGUCGCUGUGGAACAAGGUUGGAACCAUCAGGAAACGAUUGACUCUCUCCUCAGGAAGGGUGGUUACAAAGGUUCCAUUAAUGAGGCGGUGCGCACUUCGGUGCGUCUGACGCGAUAUCGUAGCGACGAACUGCAACUUCAUGCUGGAGACUACUUCGCUGAGCAGGCCAACGGUUAUCGCGUAUCAGAAUUACCUGGCUCUCCACUUCCAAGCCAUCUUCCAAGUGGCAUUGAAAAAGUUUGCUUUUGGGACUUUUCUAAUGCAUUAGACUGCCUAAAAGAGGUGGACAAUCGAGUCUCAACAACAUCUUUGAGUUCUCAGCCCUGGGUCAUUUUCUUUGAGAGCAUGGAUGCUUUCCUCUUGGAUUGCCCCUCUGACUACGAAAUGCGUGAUUGGGCUAGUCUAAUUUUGUCACAUCUUAUUUCCCUUUCCACUAAGCGUUCAACUGUCUCAGUUGUCUGUUCUUUGAAUAUCUAUAAAACUUCUAGUGGAGAAGUAUCUUGGCUGAGUGAACAAGUUAGCGAUAUUUUCAAGUCCUAUGCCACCACAUGUGUUUCCUUAAGUCCGACUAGCAGUCAAAAUAUCUUGAAAGCCGAUUUUUGGCAUCGACGAACUCUUGAUUCAGUUUUCACAUCUGUGCGGCUGCUCCCCACCCUCGCGCCCUCAAACAAGCCGGCUAUUUCUGCACUGUGCCGUGUCACAUUGGAUCACAAAACGCACGCCAUUGUUAGCUGUUCCAUCUCGGCGGCAACUGAGACCGUGAGAGAGCCUGAAAAGCUGCCUACCUCUACCUUCAAACUAACUGUCUCGCAAGCGGAGGUCGAGGCCAAACAGAGGGUUGUACUGCCCUACCAAGCCGCGACAAAUGCUAGUGUGGAUCUAUCUACCCACUUUUCACCUGAAAGCACUAUUGAAUACGAGCCUGAUGUGUUCGACGAUAUUGACGAGGACGAUCCUGACGAUGAUCUAGACAUUUAA